AUGGCCGACGGUUUGCAAAUGGGAAAUCUUUCCCUCAACGAGUCCCAGCACGCCCCCCAGGGUAAUGCCCCUGUUGGCCGUGCCGCCUACAUUCCUCCUCACCUCCGUCAACGCGGCUCUGGUCCCGCCCCGGGCCCUGCUGCCAACGCCGAUGAGGCUCCUGCCGGACCUGGCUUCGGUGGCCCUCGCAACGGUGGUGGUAACUGGGCCAAUGCUAACGCUCCUAACUUCAGCCCUCGUGGCCCUGCAAACGGUAUGACCAACUGGACCCCGGACGGGCGACUCCGACCCUUCAAUCCCAAUGCUUACGGAAACCCAGGAUCUUCUUACAGUGGCGGCAGCAGCAGCAACUACAGCGGUGGUGGUUCCCAGCAAGCUCGUGGCUCAGGAGAUGGCCAGUGGCGCGAUGGCAAGCACAUUCCCGGCCCCGCUAACGCCCGUGUGGAGCGCGAGCUGUUCGGUGUCCCCAACGACCCCACCAAGCAGCAGACUGGAAUCAACUUCGCCAACUACGAUGAUAUUCCCGUCGAGGCCUCCGGAAAUGACGUCCCCGAGCCUGUCACCCAGUUCACUAACCCCCCUCUGGAUGACCACCUGAUCUCCAACAUCAAGCUCGCCAGUUAUGUUAUCCCUACCCCCGUGCAGAAGUACUCCGUCCCCAUCGUGAUGAACGGCCGUGAUCUUAUGGCUUGUGCCCAGACCGGUUCCGGUAAGACUGGUGGCUUCCUUUUCCCCAUCCUUUCUCAGGCUUUCCAGAACGGUCCUUCUGCUACCCCUGCCCAAGGUGGUGGCGGUGGUCAGUUCUACGGCCGUCAGCGUAAGGCUUACCCCACCUCUCUCAUCCUCGCUCCUACUCGUGAGCUUGUCUCUCAAAUCUUCGACGAGGCCCGCAAGUUCGCUUACCGCUCAUGGGUUCGCCCUUGUGUCGUCUACGGUGGUGCCGACAUUGGCUCUCAGCUUCGCCAAAUCGAGCGUGGUUGCGAUCUGCUUGUUGCUACUCCCGGUCGUCUCGUCGAUCUGAUUGAGCGUGGCCGUAUCUCACUGGCCAACAUCAAGUACCUUGUUCUUGAUGAGGCUGAUCGCAUGCUGGACAUGGGUUUCGAGCCCCAAAUUCGCCGCAUUGUCGAGGGUGAGGAUAUGCCCUCUGUUGAGGACCGCCAAACUCUCAUGUUCUCGGCCACCUUCCCCCGGGAUAUUCAGAUGCUUGCACGUGAUUUCCUCAAGGACUACAUCUUCUUGUCCGUUGGUCGUGUCGGAAGUACCUCCGAGAACAUUACCCAGAAGGUCGAAUACGUCGAGGAUGCUGACAAGCGCUCCGUUCUUCUGGAUAUCCUCCACACCCACGGCAGCACUGGUCUCACCCUUAUCUUCGUCGAGACCAAGCGCAUGGCUGAUUCGCUCUCCGAUUUCCUCAUCAACCAGCGUUUCCCUGCGACCGCUAUUCACGGUGAUCGUACUCAGCGCGAGCGUGAGCGUGCCCUUGAGCUUUUCCGUAACGGUCGCUGCCCUAUUCUGGUUGCCACUGCUGUUGCUGCCCGUGGUCUCGAUAUCCCCAACGUGACCCACGUCAUCAACUACGAUCUCCCCACUGAUAUUGACGACUACGUUCACCGCAUUGGUCGUACCGGUCGUGCCGGUAACACCGGUAUCGCCACUGCUUUCUUCAACCGUGGCAACCGCGGUGUUGUUCGCGACUUGCUCGAGCUCUUGAAGGAGGCUCACCAAGAAGUCCCCUCUUUCCUGGAGAGCAUUGCCCGUGAAGGCAGCGGAUUCGGUGGUCGUGGCCGUGGUGGUGGUGGCCGUGGCCGUGGCUCUACUGCUACUCGUGAUGUGCGUCGUACCCCUGGCGGUAUGGGCAUGGGUGGUGGUUCCUUCGGUGGUGCUGGCUACGGCGGCUCCAGUGGCGGUGCUCCCUCUUACGGUGGCAGCUACGGUGGUAGCAGUGGUGCUGCUCCCUCCUACGGCGGCGGUGGCUACGGCGGCGGUGGCAGCUACGGCAACCCAUCUGGCUCCUCCGGCCCAUCUUCCUGGUGGUAA